AUGGCGUCCCCCUCGAUGAUCGAUCUGGAACAGCGGAAUCGCUUACCGACCCUGUUCGAAGUCCUCAGCCGUCGCACCCUCGCCCCCGUCGAUCUCUUCUCCUUCUACAUUUACAUGCGGGAUCAAAAGCGCUCGGUCGAUUAUCUGGAUUUCUGGCUCGAUGUCUCCCAACACAUGUCCCUCUGCCGCCAUUACGUGCGCGAACUACGUCGAUCCGUCUUAGUCGCCACUCCCGAUCUGGAGAAAGCCGACAGCAAGAGCUCCACGGCCGCCCUUGAGAUGCUCGAGAAGCUCGAGAGCUUCAGUGAAGUCCCCUUGGCCGAACCCGGCCCCUCGAAUUUCCCGAACCGCUUCAACGAUGUGGAGGAGAAGGACUCUGAUAUUCGGCUGUCGGCCUUCUUGCGCUCGGAAGGCCAAACUCCCGGCCAUUCGCCGCAGAAUAGCUUGGGUUCGGUGCACAACAACAACAUGUCCCAACCCUCCUCCAACGAGCAACUGCCCCGGGACAGCUCGGGCACGCGCGCCGACUCCCCGUCGCCCGGGCACACCGUCGCGCGCGCCGACAUUCGCGCCAGCGCGGAGAAUCGCGAGAUCGUCUUGCCCGAGGAGAUGGUUUCGUCCAUCAUCAACCUGGUGGAGGACGACGGUCGCGAUGACCCCGAGGUGUUCGAUCCCGCCAAGGACUACGUCUUCCAGGCGAUGGAGCGCGACGCGUUCCCGGGGUUUUUGCAGGCCAAGGCCCUGGGGAACCUGGUCCCGCUGAGCAUCGUGGCGCGCCUGGCGGUGGCGCUCGUUAGUUUCGGGGCCGGCUUCUGGGGGGCUUUCUAUGUGGUGCUCCGCGAUCAGCCGAAGCACAUUCGAUGCUGGGUGAUUUUGCCAUUUGUGGUCGCUUCUUAUUUCCUGGUCUCGUACCAGUACAAGAUCGAUCCGAUGUUGGCAGUCCUGGGGUACAGCGAGUACACGUUCAUGACCUGGUCCCCGAUCCGGGAGCCGUACGUACGGAAACUGCUGAAUAAGCGCGCGUUGGCAACGAUGAUGAUUGCGGCGUUUGUGGCGGCCGCGCUCAGCAUCUUGUUCAUCUUUGUGCCGGGAACGAUGCUCUAAUCUUCCUUCUCUCUAUCUCACUCCACCUCACUCCCUAUAUGUUUCCGUGAUUGACUGAUUGAUUGAUUUGUUAUGGUGAUGGUGGAUCUCUCCCGAUCCGACAGUGUUCAUAUAAUCUUAUACUCGACUCCAAGCGUCCGCGUCGUGAUCUGUCCAUACUAACCUGCGUUCUUUAUUCUUUUUUUCCCUUUCUUUCUCUGUCGAAUUUCUCUUCGGACAAUACCCCUUUUCUGCAA